UUUUAUUUUAAAAUCCUGCUUUUGAAGGUAUGUAAUUUUGAUGAUUUUCCAAUGCAGUAGCGUCAGGCAUGGAUGAAGAUCAACACGCAAAUUCAGGUCCUUCUAACAAAUCACCAAAUCAAGUGCCCCAAAAGCAAAAAAAGAAGCCAAGAGGCCCUACAAAAGGAAUAAAAUCCAUGCCCGGGGUUCCAAGAAAAAUUGAAUGGGAUCACUUGGACCGACCCACAGGGAAAUGGGCAACGGAUUACAAGAAUCACAUUGGCGAGAUAAGUCGCGCAAAGGUUUCAAUAUUGAUCAGAACCUGAGAAGAUGUUUCACAAGGAAUAAAAGACACUUUGUGGGAAGACGUCAAGAGAGAAUUUCAUAUCACAGAUGAAACUAAGAAAGAAGUUGUCUUAAAGAGUUGUGAUAAGCGUUGGAGGGAAUUCAAAUCAAGAUUGACGACUGGUUGGAUUCGGGGUACAAGGAAAAGGCCAAAAGAUGAAAAGAUGCCAUAUGAUUUGUAUAGUUAUAUAACUAAGGAUAUAUGGAAGGAAUUUGUGAAGAUACGUACCUCCGAAGAAGCUGAGGAAAUAAGUGAGAAAGCAAGACAAAGUCAAUCUUUCAACAUAUAUCCUCAUCAUAUGGGACAGAAAUCAUAUGCUGAAAUGACAAGUGAAUGGCAGAGAAAAGGGUACAUUCCCUCAGUUUCUUCGUCAUCUGAAGGUUCCUCUGCGUCUACAAUUUCUUCAAGUUUGCCGAGUAGGACAUGUUUAUGGCUUCUUGCAAGAUCGAAACCAGAUGAGAAAGGAAAUCCUUACUUGCCGGAUGAGGGCACACAAAAGGUCAAAGAAAAUAUUGAUGAAUGGAAAAGGAAACAAGAUGAAGGGGAAUUUGUUCCCAAAAGUGCACGAGAUGAUGUCUUAUCUCGUGCACUUGGUAAGACUAAAGAAGGGAGACCACUAACAUUUGGUGGUGGAGUAGGCAUCAAAGCUGUGUGGGGGACCGGAGAGCGGCGUAGCUUUCGACGGUAUGGAGAUGCGGAGAUGGAGGAAAUGGAAGCAAGAGUGACCAAAAGGGUCAAAGAUGAGACAAUACAAGAGAUGAACUCCAAGAUGGAUGCCAUGGUCAUGGAGAAAUUUAUCACAUUUGCUAAAGAACUUGGUGUCCAAAUACCAAGCCAUAUGAGGAUAGACGCAAAUGUUCAUAGUAGUUGUCGUUCCGGGGGUUUAGAUCCAUUUGGAAUAGUCCUUACCGAAAAAGACUUACCCAAAGAAGGAAGUUCCCACAACAAGGCACUUUACUUGAUAAUCGGAUGCAAAGGUCAGAACAUCCCUCUUGGACUGGUAGACAACGGUUCCGCCGUAAACGUUUGCCCGCUCCGUACAGAUAGAUUCCUAGGCUUGAAAGACGCCGAUUUUCAGCCAUCUAACCAAGGAAUAAGGGCCUACGACAAUUCCAAACGAACAGUGCAUGUCAAACUCAAACUUACCAUUCAGACCGGACCUGUAGCAAGAACUACGGAAUUUCAAGUAGUGGACAUCAAGCCCACGUUUAACCUCCUACUGGGGAGUCCAUGGCUCCAUGAUUUAGGAGGUGUAGUAUCAACUCUGCACCAAAUGGUUAAGUUAAACCAUAACUGA